AUGCCUUAUGCUAACCAGCCCACAGUUUCAGUUACUGAGUUGACAGAUGAAAAUAUCAAAUUUGUAUUGGAGAAUACAGAUUUAAGUGUUGCCAACUCAAUUAGAAGAGUAUGCAUUGCGGAAACUCCAACACUGGCAAUCGAUUGGAUCCAAAUUGAAUCAAAUUCAACUGUACUGUGUGAUGAAUUCAUAGCACAGCGAAUAGGAUUGAUACCGCUGACAUCCGACGACGUUGUCGAUAAGAUGCAGUACCCGAGGGAUUGCAGUUGUGAAGAAUUUUGUCCCGAAUGUGCAGUUGAAUUUUCUCUCGAUGUCAGGUGCACAGACGAUCAAACAAAACACGUUCACACAGGUCAUUUGAUCAGCAGCAAUCCAAAAGUUGUCCCGGCAACUUCCAGACACAGAGAUGAAGACGGAGACUAUGGCGACAAUGAAGAAAUACUUAUAGUCAAGUUGAGAAAAGGACAAGAAUUAAAGUUGCGUGCAGUUGCAAUCAAAGGUUUUGCAAAGGAGCAUGCUAAAUGGAAUCCAACUGCUGGAGUGGCGUUUGAAUAUGAUCCUGACAAUGAGUUCAAGCAUACUGUCUACCCUAAACCUGAAGAAUGGCCAAAAAGCGAAUUUUCAGAACUUCCAGAAAACGUCCAUGAAGCUCCAUUCAACUAUCAGUCAAAACCACACAAAUUCUACAUGAACAUUGAAUCCUGUGGCUCCCUAAAACCUGAAAACAUUCUCAUGACGUCGUUAAGCGUUUUAAAGAAAAAAUUGAGUGAUUUACAAAUUCAGUUGAGUCAAGAAAUCCAAGGAGACGCUCUUGCAAUAUGA